CGGCCGAGUCAUGCCUGCAAGGGGUAGGAGCUUGUAUUCACGAUUUGACGUGAUCAACGAAUAAGCAGCUGACUGAUGUCACUCUUCCGCAUAGUACUAUCUCCAACUCCAUCAAAGUCGGGAAGGCUUGAAAUAUGGUACUUCUGCAAGCCGAAACAUUUCCAUUCUUCUUUUGCUAAUGUCGCUCGUUUCGAUACCGUACUCUCAUUCUAUUCUUAAUUGAUCAACAUAAUGGCGUCGCGGCUAUUCGGUUUCCAAUUAUUGGGAGUGGCAGCUCUCCUAUUCUCGCCAGCCUCAUCGGCCCCUACUACCGGUUGCGAUUGGCGAAACGCAAGUGAGGUCACGACAUUGCAGUCCGUCCCCGGAACACAGUCACUCGAGAACAUUGCGGUCCGAGAGAAUGGAGACCUUCUAGUCACCUCGACGGCUUCUUCGACCCUUUUCGACCUGUCGCCCGAAGGCAAACACGCGCCGGUUCCUGUCGUCACUAUCGACGGAGUCAACAGUCUCCUCGGAAUCACCGAACUCGGCGAGAAGGAUGUCUUCUACGUCCUCGGGUCAAACCUGACCUCAACCGAAAAUUCGAACGGCUUGUGGAAAGUCGACCUCCGCAACUUCCGCACCUCGCACAACGGAACUGUGCUCCAGCCAGCUGUGCUUUCGCUCGUCACACUUAUCCCGUCCGCCCUUCAGCUCAACGGCAUGGCACGUUUGGCCAAGAACGAUACCCAGAACCUACUCAUGUCCGAUUCUGGCCGUGGAACCGUCCUUCGACUCAACGUGAACACCAAAGUCGUCGAGACUGUCCUUGCUGAGCCUGAGAUGGCUCCGGCAUCCUCGAGUUCAAGCAUCGGUGUCGCCGUCAACGGGAUUCGCAUCCGGGAUAACAAACUCUAUUUCGUGAGCUUGGACCAAGGCCUAUUCGGCAGAGUCCCCAUCUCUCUCACCACCGGAACGGCCACUGGCCCCGUGGAGACUUUGGCCACCAACAUCACCUUUGGUGAUGAUUUUGCCUUGUCGAAAGACGGUAAGACUGCCUAUGUUGCCACAAACGGUCCUCUGGAGGUUCUCGGAAUCGAUUUGGUACACGGAGGAAAGACCGUUGUUGCCUCCUCGCCCCUUCUUGGGGCUGCAUCUUCGGUAGCUCUGGACCUGCACCACCCUCGCAAGGUGUUGUACGUGACGGGCGCUGCUUCAUCUGGCAAUAGCACUGUUGGCCAUGUGUCUCGCGUUACUUUGAGGUGCUAGGCUGAGGAAUGAGGAGCAUCACAGAGCACUUGCCUCUCGUCUCUUGUAGCGGGCGUGAUGCUAUCGUGAAUAAUGUGUAUUCUGAGAGGUCUCUUUGGACAGAGUCAUGGGUUCAUAGCUCAACCUGAUGAAGAUGGAACUGAAAUAAUAAAACAAAUGGGGU